GUCGGUAUUUUCAACAAAAAUAUAACUUAAUCCUUCAUGAUUGAAAACCUAUAACUUAGAGAAAAGCAAUGUGGAUCAAAGAAUCGACAUAUAUAUAUAUUUUUAAACAUAAAGGACUAAGUUAUAACUGCAUUUAAAUCCAGGGACUAAAAGAUAAUUCACUCAAAAUAUAACAGAACCAUGGAAAAAGAGCAGGUGCAUGCAGGAAGCAUCAUUAACAACAUUAUAAGCGUUUGAUUUCAUGCUACAAAAACCACGACAUUAACAUGAAAUCGUUAACAAAUACUUGCAACAACUCUUCUUCUUCCUCUAGAUAAUUGAGUUUUGAAUCGGAGAUUAGAGAGAAAUGGACAAGACUAAGCUACAGGAGGUGUGCCAUAAGAGGCAAUGGGGCUUGCCAAAAUACUCAGCUAUGAAAGAUGGACCUGAUCACACCCCUUGUUUCAAGGCUUCUGUUUAUGUUAAUGGCAUCUCCUUUCAUUCUUCUGCUUCUUGCAAAUCUUCCAAGGAUGCCCAUAAUGAUGCUGCCAAGAUGGCCUUCCUUCACUUCACUUCUCCCCCACCUCCAACAAAAUUUAGUCUGUCAUUAUCUCUGACUCCUUUACUAUCAGGUUCCUUCAUGAUUCCUGGAACCUUGGCCGACGGACCGGAAACUAAUGAAACAUCUCAGGAACUUGAUAGUCAUUCAAGUGUUUCUGAUCCUAAAAAUUAUGCUUUAAUCUCAAGUGCUGAGCCAAAUGCUGGGGGGCAACAUGUUAAAGAAACAAAUCAAGGAUCAGAUGUUCAAUCCCAUAGUUUGGGUGUCAAAGCUGAUACACCUUUGAAGUACAAGAGCCACCUGCAAAACUAUGCUCGAUGGAAAAACUGUGAUUUGCCAACGUACUCCAACACACGUGAGGGUCCCUCUCAUGCUCCAUGCUUCAAGGCUACUGAUGACUCUGGCUUUUACAAGAAUGCCUUGCAGGAGUUAGCUCAGAGAGAAGAUCUAUCCAUGCCGGUUUAUAAAAUUAUAAAAUCUGGUGCACUUCACAUGCCAACAUUCUUUUCCUAUGUGGAGAUAGAAGGAGAGAAAUUUUAUGGCAAAGCGGGAAAAUCCAAGAAAGAGGCAGAGUUGAAAUCUGCAAGAGCUGCUUAUACUGUUCUGAUGGAGCGUGCAUUGAACAGGAAUGCAGAGUCAGAUCCCCCAAAUUUUUCACCAGAUGAAACUCUCAACUCUACUCCUGGCUUAGACAUGACCACAGCUGUAAAUCUGCAACAGCACCUCAAACAAAAUGGUCAAUUAUCAUCUCCAGUCAUUGUUGAUGAAGAACAUUCUGCAGAAACUAAAGACAUCAUAUCACUCAAAUCUGUUCCUAGCCUGGAACUACACUGCCGGACUUACAUAUCUGGGAUCAUGCUUAUCACAGAUGCAGUUCAAGAGGUAAACUUCGCUGAUCCUAAAUCAGGCAAUGCCAAAGUUGGGCCUGAGGAUUCCAUACUGUCACCAUCACCUGAAAAACCUGCUAUUGUUGAAGUGAUUGGAAAUCAGGAAUCAUCCUCUUGUUCUGAAUAUGUUCCUACCUCAUCACCAGAAGGCUCAUCUUCCUCUACCUGGACACAUAACAGCAGUUCCGCUCCCACAACUUCUGACUCAAAUGUGAGGAAGGCUACAAGACCACGAAGCUACUUGCUUUGCAACAGGGUCAGGGUGUAUCCAUGCUAUCCAGACAUUGCUUUACCAAAUGGCAUCACUGUGAUGCCAAUUAGCGACAACCAAUGGGUGGCUGUGAGCUUGGAGUUCCCAAUGGAACAAGGUUAUUGAUUCAGUGCAAUUGAUAGAUCACUUUCUCCCUAGCAUAUAAUUAUCACCUUGUACUGAGCACUGCCAAAGGCCCAUAGGUAUUAAACUCUAAUCAAUUUUUCUUUGACGCUGAGAAAAAAUGACUUGUAAAAGACCUUUUAAUCGUCAUAACAAGUGUUUGGAACAAAAAAGCAACAAAAAAUCAGAGUUUUCUUAGAAAAUGAAUAUAAGCUAUUGCCUUGAAAGCCUAGUUACAAGAUCACAAGAACAAGAACAAAUGACAAGAAUUCUAUAACAUUUUUUUAAGGAAUGAACACCUGUUAGAUUCACAAGAAGGGUGUCAAAUCCAGCCUCUCGCACCCAUUCCAUUGUUGGAUCAAUAACUUCAUAGACACGAUCAUUAGCUUUAGCCAAUGGCUUAGUACUGUCCAUCUUAGGCUUUCUAUUGAUACGAUGAAGGUCCCAAAUUUGUUAAUCUCUUUCUCCCUGAUGCAUCGCCUUUUUGCGAGUGUGUUCAUUGUUUAAUCAACUUGAUUCCAAUCCCAUCCGCACCUGGCUGGUUCCAGGCACAGGUCUGAUCCCUUUUGUUUUGUUUUUUCUACCUUUUUCAUUUUUUUUAAAAUAAAGUUUCUGUAAAAUAUUUGC